AUGCAAUACCAAGAUCCCGAACGAACGUUUCAUGACGUGGAUGCAGUACUUCAGACCUAUGUGUCAUUAAAGCCAAAGAUGGACACUUAUACUUCCAACGAUGGACAUACACAAUUAUUACUAUGUCUUCAUGGUACCAUUCCAAUCACUUAUCGCUCUAUUCCAUAUAAUAUUCCUGUUGCCUUUUGGGUUCCAAAAGAAUAUCCAAGCACAUCGCCUAUUCCAUAUGUUAAACCAACAGCCAAUAUGCUGAUCCGAGAAGGCAGACAUGUUGAUAAGAGUGGAUUAUGCUAUCAUCAAUAUAGAUCAAGCUGGUCAAAUGAUCAAAAACAUAAUCUUUUAGAGCUCAUAGCCAUACUACAGCAGGUAUUUGCUCAGGAACCUCCAGUAUAUACAAAGCCUAAUACUAUGCCAACUCCUCCUUCUACUACGACUACUCCCACAACAACGACAGCAUCACCACAGUUUCAAGAGUCACUUUUAGAGAGCCGCGCUUCACCUAAUCAUCAAAGACAGCAUAUGCCUCAUAAACAUCCAUCAUCGUGGAUCAACGAAAGCACUGCGUUAUACAAUUUGAAUCAAGGAUUAGCGUCAAUGCACCUAAACUCAACAACUCCAGUUUCUAAUUCAGCUUCCUUACCCGCCCUGCCUACGAUGCCCAUGCCACAUGUUUCCAGUCCACCAGUAAGACAUAACACAGUGGACGGCUAUACAUCAAACAGCAAAAGCCUUCAUGAUGUUCUUUAUAGAAAGCUAACUGAUAGACUACAACAGUACAAUCUUUCACUGUCCAGAGAAAUUGACAAUCUGCUGAUUCAAAAUCGGCAAUUAAACGAAGGAGAAGCAAGCAUCGAACAGGAACAUAGAGCUUUAUGUGAUCUUAGAGAAAGAUUGAAUUUUAAUAAUCUUGUCUUGGAAACAAGGUCAAAAGAAAUUGAUGAGAUCACAGAACAAGUGAAUGCUAUGCCUGAUGUACAAAUAGAUGAAACGCUGUGUGGGACAAGUGUUGUAGGAAACCAAUUGUUUGAAUUGGUGGCAGAUGAUAAUGCUAUAUCAGAUACUGUUUAUAUCUUAGCAAAGGCUUUAAGUUCUGAGAGAAUUGAUUUGGUUACAUUUAUGAAGUAUACACGUAUAUUAUCCAGAGAGCAGUUCAUGAAGAGAGCAUUGAUAAAGAAAAUCACUGAGAAAAUCACUUAA